AUGUCAGCCGUCCACGGAAAACUGAGGGUAGGAGACCUAACUCAAUUCCAGAUGUACCCCGACGGACACAUGGAGAGGAAUAGCAUGCUGCAUUCAGAUUAUGGUGCUGCGGAUAGGGAAAGCUACUUCAACUCUGCAAACUCCAUGGGACAGCGAGCGGACAGCAUGACCCAUCGAAGGAAGAGAACCAACUUCACCCAGCAGCAGAUUGGGGUGCUGGAGAAAGUAUACUCCGACACCAAAUACCCUGACAUAUACCUUCGCGAGAGACUGGAGGCUCUCACCGGCCUACCAGAGUCCAGAAUUCAGGUGUGGUUCCAGAACCGACGCGCAAAGUCCCGUCGCCAGGAAGGGUCGUCCUUGUCCAUGAAGCGCAACGGUUUUGCCGCCAACGCCCCCGUGGCCCCGUUCGCGCAACUCAAUCACCGAAUGCCCCAAGAGAUUCAGAGAAUGUUCAAUUUAGCACUGGGGGACAACCUCAGACCACCACUCCACACCCGGACGGAAGAAACGCACGCCAAGACAACACUACCCACGAAAACGGGUAACUACGAACACUCGACUAUCCCUUAUGUUUACGAUGCGUCCAUAAAUGGGAAUAGCAGAAAAGUUGAGCAAAUGAAACAAGACGAGUUGAGCGUUGCGGUUCCGUGCAACAACGUUCAUCCGUAUCACAAGGGAAAUGGACUUUACAUCAAGUCCCAAAGCAACAUAAGCUGUAGUGCAGGUCCAAAACAUGUCCUGGUUGAAUAUGACAACUUUCCCCCAAACAAGACCAUAGGUCCCGAGAUGAAAGUGGUGAUCCCUCCUAUUCCAUCACAGAACAACUUCGGCAGGUCCUCUCCAAAGCAAAUCGCGUGCCAAGUACAGCAUCCUCAAGUUAAGACCAGACCUCAUAACUUUGGCCACUUCUCUCCCAUUCGUGCCAGCAAGGCUCAAGAGUUUUCUGAUUCGGAUUCAGAGUGGGAAAACGGUGCCAUGUCUGGCUUUGGUGACUUCAUGUGAAUUUUCUGUCACUGUGAAAUUGAGUGGUGGUUCAUAACUUCAA